AGUUCAAAAGGCUGGCUUACCGGGCGGGUAAGAUGUUUUGUUCCCGUGUAGGAACAAUUAUAGGUAAAAAAAGAGCUUCUUUGGUCAAGCUGGCUGAUUGCGAACAGCUUCUUUCUUAUGUUUUUAAUGUUGUUGUUGUUACUUUUGUUUAUGCCGUUAUAUUGAUCGAAAUGAGGAAAGACCAUUAACAACUGAGGCAAUUACUUCCCCAGAUCUAUCAGAAGUUGCUUCUUCACCAGAGGAUUCUACAACGACAGAGCUGGCCUCUUCAUCUGCCACGUGCAUGUUGGACAGCAGAAUAUCCAAUGAUAUCAAACUUAGACCGGGAACCAAGGCCAGUAACUUUACAGCCCUGAGUGACGCAGAUGAUAUCCACCCGUGUAUUGGUCGAUGCUGUGCUCGUCCCUCGUGUGAUAUCGCUUAUUUACUGAAUGGAAAGUGUUUCGCAGUGCAAUGUCUUGACGGUGUCUUAUGCCAGACAAGUGCUGAGCCCGUUUCAGAAGGGGCAAACGUCAAGUUGGCAUAUAUGAGUAGAGGAUCGUCCGGUCAAAAAGAAAAAGAUUGGAUGAUAGUGUACAUUAUAGCCGCUUCCUUAGCUUUUGUGGCUGGAAUCGGUGGAGUAAUAUGGGCUGUGUGUAUCUGCACAAAAAGACAAAAAAUUCGCAAACAAAGAAGAAUGCUGGACGAUGACGAAGAUGAUGAAAUGCUUCCCAAACCCACACAGACACGAUACAGAACCCCGAUGCCGAGAUACUAAGCAAGGCAGGCUCCAGGCUAUCAGCACUUUUACAAAUUCAACUGAGUUGAUAUAACCAAAUUUCCAAGCUAUGACAACGACCUUUCACUCGUAGCCAGACCGUUGAGUCUGUUUACGCGCCAAUCGUCUAUAACAUUCACAAUUGGAUAUUUUAUACUGCACAUCAACUAAUAUUCCAGAAAAGACUUCAAAAUGUUAAGCAGGCUUUAAAGCCGGCGGCAAAUUGAGAAGCAACAGUAAAGAAAAAUGGAUGUUGAACUCAAACUAUAAAGGCAACGUUCUUCAUCCUCCGACUUAGUUCGCAUAUCCUUAGGUAUGCAUGCACCCGCUGUUCAUCGAGAGCGGCGACUUGGGGCGUGAGGUCGAUGGAUUGAGUGAGAGGAGACUAGAGAACCUGGCGUGAUCUUGCGUUAUCGCAUUCUUCAACUAAGGGCCUGGUGACAAAAAAGUUCAUACACAACAGCUGUUGGUGACAAGCGUAAAAUUUUACUUUUUUCACGUUCGCAUUCUUCUCUAACUUCUGAGUCGAGACGUCAGUAAAUGGAAAUAACAAAAGAGCUGUUUUCUAGGUAAAUAGCGCACGUUUGACACGAUUUUGUUUGUACAGUAUAACAUCGCGUUUAGGAUUACGAAAUUUCAGCAUAGUGCUCCAGUUUAACUACCUUGUCUUUCUUUGAUUGCUUUUUAUUUUAGUGUUCAAAUAGCUCGUAUUAGUUAAAACAAGUUCUAUUCCGACAAAGCUCUCUUACUUGUUCAGCUGAAAAGAUAUAUUAGGCACUAAAUGCUUACCCCAGUUUAAUGCGACAUUGUAAGAGAUAAACAAGUAUCGAGCAUGCUUUCUAAAGCCGCCAGAACUUGAAAUACCCUUUAAGUUUCAUCUAACUUUUGUAGCUUUUUCUUUUGCGAAAGUUUGUGAAACAUUGAAAUUAUUCAACUCUGUGCGCACAAAGUAAUAUGCAGCCAAAAUGAUAAGAACUAGAACAACCUUGUAAAGGUACUUACUGCAAACUAAUUUUGCGCUAAUAUUACGAUGUAGUAUAGUUAUUUAAUAAAUACAUUUAAAAAAAAAAAACCUUAUGCUUUGAUUGUCUAUGAGUACAUGCAUUUUGCUCCUAUGCUUCUCCACAAAUAAUUUUGUUUCAGAUGUCCUCUCUGGUUGCAACAUUUCAAGAGGCAGUUUCAGGUACCACUGAGUGAUUCAACCAGAAAACCUGUCGAACAAACUUGGCUCAGUGUUGCUGACAACCGAGAACGUGAACUAUUCACCGCGCUCCUUAAUAUCAACUUAUGUGAACAACCAUUAGCACUACUCACUACAAAAAAGAAUUAUAAUACUGACUAAUGCAUCGAAUUAGAACGACCAUAUUUUACUGACAUUAUGGUAU